UUCCUCUAGACGAAAAGGUAAUGUGUUUUUCACAAUGGAUUUGGUUUAAAUAUAUUUCAUAUGGAUGAGAUUUUAUGUUUGUGGCAGAUGAAAAGCGUGUACCAAGCUGAUCCGCGAUUACCGUCGUUGACACUGAAUACAAAGAGAGCACCAGUUACACUACGAUUAUUGCUAUGGGAACUUGAUUAUAUUGGGUCAAAAAUUCAAAUUCACGUACCUGCUAAAGUUUUUGGGUAUGAACGAAAAUGUUGCAUAUUCCUCGAGGCACUCCAAGAAUUUUGUCAAAUGCAGCCUAUAUCAACCCAAUGCAUUGAUGCAUUCAUGUUUCACCUCUACAAAGUGAUGGAAGAGAAUGGAACGUUGGGAUCCUACAAGUUUGCAGACGCUGGCUCUGUUUCAGUUGGUAUAAGUAAAGAAGAUCGAGCACAGAUCCUGAAUGCUAGAUUGCUUGGGAUCGACCAUCGUCAGAUUUUGAUGUUUCCAUACAAUUCAAGGGUUUUCGACAUUUUGAGCAAGAAGAAGCCUGUUUGGAGGAUAAUUAAGUGUCCGAAGCAAGGUGGCAUUGUGGAGUGCGGGUAUUAUGUGAUGUGA